AUGGAUCGACGCUACAGACGCGGGGGGUUCACAGAGAACGGGCUUUCGUAUUUCUUUGAGAAAUGCACACGGCUGGAGAGACUUCGUCUUGAUUGUCAGUCGAAUCUGACCGCCAUUCCCUCUUCCAUCGGCGGCCUUGCGUCACUCAAGAGCCUGCACAUCACCGACAGGGAAAUUGCUCUCCUUCCAGACGCGUUCACCUCGUUGCAUUCACUCACGCAUCUCAUAAUCCAAAUGUACGACCUGGAUGAACUGCCCCAGGACUUCGGUAACCUGAGGCUGCUCAAGUCGCUGCAGCUGAACAACUGCAUGCGGCUCAGCUCCAUUCCCGAUUCUUUCGGGCAGCUAACCAACUUGACACUUCUUUCCAUCAGCGGUUCCAGGGCAAGGCUUCAGCUGCCCGGAUCUAUCUCGAAUCUCUCGUCCCUGCUGACGCUCGAAAUUUCCAACUGCCCAGACCUUGCACCGCUGCCCGAGAGUUUUGGAAACAUGCCGGCGCUUGAAAAACUACGUUUGGAGGAGGUUGGGGGGUUUACCGACCUGCCCUCCUGUCUCGGGCAGCUGCAGCGGCUGCGGCUCCUUUCAGUAACCUACUGCGGCGAUUCAGCAUCCUUCCCCACCUCCCUUUCCCAUCCGUCUUCCCUGACGGACCACAAUCUCGCCGGCCUACCACUCCGUCAUCUGCCGGGCGACGUCGGUUUUCUGCCACACCUACAUACGCUCAAGCUAGGCGUCGAAAAUCUCGCGCAUCUGCCUCCCUCCAUAACCCUUGCCACUUCACUCAAGAAACUCACACUGGAAAACUCCAGAGCUCUUCAAUCUCUGCCCGAGGAUUUCGGGCAGCUAACUGUCCUGGAGACACUGCGCUUAGUUAAGCUUCCUCAGCUCAGCAGCCUGCCCGCGUCGCUUGGCAACCUGAAGAACCUCAAUGAGCUGAUUAUAGCCGCAUGCAGCCUGCUGACGCAGCUUCCGGACUCCCUGAGUCAGCUAUCUUCCCUCGAGCUGCUGCAAAUCAAUGACUGCUGCAAGCUGAGAUCGCUACCGCACGGCAUGGGGGAUGGCCUGCAUAGCCUGCGCAGACUGUAUCUACUCGACUGCACGGCUCUCGCCCACCUCCCUCCAUCCUUCUUCAGCCUCGCCCUUGUGGUCGCCAGGUCCUCGCGAAUCAAGGCGCUGCCAGAGGAGAUCGGACGGCUGGGAGACCUUGAAAGGCUCAAGCUCUUACAACUACCUAACCUGAAGUCGCUCCCUCGUUCGCUGUAUCAGCUGCAGCGGUUGAAAUCUCUGCAAGUGAGUUCCUGCAGCGCGCUGGAGUCGCUGUUUGGGGAUGAAGACCAGGGGGGUGCACGCACGGGGGGUGCACGCACGGGAGCCGCUGGGCAAGAGUGUGCGGGAAGAAUCGCCCGUCUGGAGCUAGUCGGUCGCACGGGUAGCAGCAGUGCCGCUGGCAGCUGUGGGGGGUCUGAGGAGAGUGGUAUGAGUGUGUUGCUGCCAUCCCUGGAGGUCCUUGAACUCGCAGAGCUUCCAGUGCAGCAGCUCGGUCCAUGGCUGGGAUGCCUCCCGUCGCUAACAAGCCUGCAAAUCCGCGACAUGGAUCGCCUCCAAUUGCUCCCAGACUCCAUCUCUCGCCUCUCUCGCUUGCAGUCAUUGACGGUCACCCAUGCCAAAAGCCUGCUAGCUCUGCCAGAGACAUUAGGGAAGCUCUCAGCACUCACAUCCCUCCAUUUGAACGGUCUUAUGGGCUUAACUGAGCUGCCCAAAUCAAUCGGGCAGCUGAAGAAGCUUCAGUCUUUUCAGAUCCGAAACAGCCGAGGACUAACCAGGCUUCCCGAGUCCUUCCCUGACCUCUGCGGACUGCAGCGGUGUGGUUUGUGCACUAUCGGAAUCUCGAGCAUUCCUCAUGACUUCUGGAAGCUCUCUUCUCUCGUGAGCCUCUCUUUGCUGUUCCUGCCCAAUGUCCGCAGCCUGCCCAAUAAGUUUUCGCAGCUGCCCGGAUUUGAGGACUUGUACCUGUACGGAUGCAAUCGGCUGGCCCGGUUACCCAGGGGGCUGCAGCAGAUGGGGAAGCUGCAGACGUGCUAUGUGAGUGACUGCCCGGUGGUGGGGAAUGAACGGAGGAUGGUUUACAACCUGGACGAGGGAGAGCGUGCUGUGGGUGCCUCAGAGGGACGGGAUGAUUCGGAGCCAGAAGAUGGGAAGGACGAGGAUGAGGAAGGGGAUGGGGAGGAAGAGGAUGGGGAGGAAGAGGAUGGGGAGGAAGAGGAUGGGGAGGAAGAGAAUGGGAAGGAAGAUGGGGAGAAAGUGGAUGGGGUGGAAGAGGAUGGGAGAAAGAGGAUGGGGAGGAAGAGGAUGGGGAGGAAGAGGAUGGGGAGGGAAGAGAAUGGGAAGGAAGAGGAUGGGGAGGAAGGGGAUGGUAGAAAGAGGAUGGGGAGAAAGAGGAUAGGGAGGAAGAGGAUGGGGAGGAAGAAGAUGGGGAGGAAGAGGAUGGAGAGGGAAGAGGAUGGGGAGGAAGAGGAUGGGAGGAAGAGGAUGGGGAGGAAGAGGAUGGGGAGGAAGGGGACGGGGAGGAGGAGGAGGAUGGGGAGAAAGAGGACGUGGGAGAAAGGGGAUGAGGAAAAAGGGUAUGGGGAGGAGGAGGAUAGGGAGGAAGAGGAUGAAGAGGAAGUGGGGACAGAGGAGGAGGAUGAGUGGAGUGAAGGGGAGGGAAGAGAGGAUAGCGAAGGGGAGGGGAGUGAAUGGUAG